AUGGAGAUGAUGAUGGAGACCAUUUCAGGCUUAGGGUACAACCUGUAUCAAGUGUGUCAACAGCAAGGACUUUCCCUCUGGAUUCCCUUCCAAAAUGCAGCCACUGCCAUUACCAACCUCUACAAAGAAAGCAUGGAUGCCCAUCAAAGAAGUUUUGAUCUAGGAAUUCAAAUUGGCUAUCAGCAACACAAUAAGGAUGUGUUAGCAUGGGUUAAAAAACGCAGAAGAACUAUUCGUAGAGAAGACUUGAUCAGCUUCCUCUGUGGAAAAGUUCCUCCUCCACGAAACUCAAGAGCUCCCCCAAGACUAACUGUAGUAUCCCCUAAUAGAGCUACUUCAACAGAAACUAGCUCAUCUGUAGAGACUGAUUUGCUACCCUUCCGUGAAGCCAUAGCCCUGCAUGGUCUUAGUGGCGCAAUGGCUAGUAUAAAUGUUCGUUCAAGUACUCCAGGCUCUCCCACUCAUGUAAGCAGUGUAUCAAAUGCUAGUCGAAGGAGAAAUGGACUCCAUGAUGUGGAUUUGAACACUUUCAUAUCAGAAGAAAUGGCACUCCACUUGGACAAUGGUGUAACUAGAAAGCGUACCUCAGCUCAAUGUGGCGAUGUCAUUACAGACUCACCAACCAAACGCAACAGAAUGAUCUAA